AUGUAUGACUCGUUGGUCAGCCGUAAUAAUAGUAAAAAUCAUCUAACCGAUAAUGAUGUAACUUUUGAGCUCUUUCUGUUGAGACUUAUCGAUAGAGAAAUGCGGGGGAGAUAUUGGCUACCAAUCAACUGUGUGCGCGAGGGCAAUUUCGCAAAAAGCCAUCUCUUUUCGGACCUUGAGGAAUUGUCGGUUGGCCAACCGCAUCCUUUCGGAACGGAGGAUCACCCAAGCAAUUUAGGCGGUCACGUAAACAAAUAA